AUGGCGGACGCGUCGCCGCUACUGCCGCCGGCGCCGGGGAAGUCACCGGCCACCGCGGCGCGGUUAGCGCGGUGCGCGUCGAGCGCGAACGACGAGCUCCGCAGCUUCCGCGCCUGCCUCGCCUGGCUCUGCGUCGACCACUCCUCCUCCCCGCGCGUGGCGGCCGUGGGCUCCUGGGCGGUCUUCCUCCUCCUCGCCGUCGCGGCGCCCGCGGCCGUCCGCCUCCUCCCCCCCGUCGCCGACCCCCCGCCGCGGCCCUUCGACGGGCAGGUCCAGGUCUCGCUGACCCUGCCGGCGUCGCUCGCCUACGUCUCCCUCCGCGCGCUGCUCCACCGCGCGGGCGGGCUCCGCCGCCUGCUCUACCUCGACAGCCUCCGCCGCGACUCCGAGGACGUGCAGGCGGGGUACGCCGCGCAGCUGGCGCGCUCCUUCCGCGUCCUCACCUGCUUCGUGCUCCCCUGCGCGCUCGCCGAGGCCGCCUACAAGGCCUACUGGUACUACCAAGCCGCCGCCGCCGCCGCGUACGGCGGCUCGCGCUCACGCCGCUGGUGGUGGGCCGCCGCGGCCUGCUGCGCCGUCGAGGUCGCCUCCUGGGUGUACCGCGUCGCGCUCUUCUUCAUGGUCUGCGUCCUCUUCCGGGUCAUCUGCUACCUGCAGAUCCUGCGGAUGGUCGGGUUCGCGCGCGAGUUCGGCAGGUUCGCCGACGUCGCCACCGUGCUGCAGCACCACCGCCGGAUCAGGGAGCAGCUCAGGAAGAUCAGCCACCUGUACCGCAAGUUCAUCGUCUGCAGCCUCGUGCUCGUCUCCGCCAGCCAGUUCGCCGCGCUGCUCGCCACCACCAGACCGCACGCCGUCGUCAAUCUCGCCACCGCCGGCGAGCUCGCGCUGUGCUCGAUCAGCCUAGUGGCGGGGCUGCUGAUGUGCCUGUACAGCGCGGCGAAGAUCACGCACAAGACGCAGGCGAUGACGAGCGUGGCGGCGGCGUGGCACGCGGACGCCACGGUGCACGCCUUCGACAACGACCAGGAGAACCCGGACCCGGACCUGCCGCCCACCGCGGGCUACCUGGCGCCCGCCAACGCCUACCGCGUGGCCGCCGGCGACGAGUCCGCCAGCGAUGACGACGACGACAGCCGGAGCGAGUGCUCCUCGCUCGACGACCCAAAGUACGUGCCGUUCCAGGCCAACAACAUCAGCUUCCAGAAGAGGCAGGCGCUGGUGACGUACCUGGAGAACAACCGGGCGGGGAUCACAGUGUACGGCUUCGUGGUGGACCGGGCGUGGCUGCACGCGCUCUUCAUGAUCGAGUUCUCGCUCGUCAUGUGGCUGCUCGGCAAGACCGUCGGCAUCUCCUGA